UUCUAAGGAAAGAAAAGGCGGAGCAAGAAUGUAGUUACAGGGAGGAUCCUCUUCUUUGAAUAUGGGAAUUACUUGGAAACGAGCAUUGAAUCCUUCACAAAGGGUAAUUUUGACAUCUCAUAAAUAAUUAACGUUAACACGAAUCACUUUGUUAAUAUAAAUAAAAUAAGACAAUUGUUGUCCUGUGAGUCGUUUGCUCCUCCAAGGAUGACGAAGCGGAGUAAGUUACGACACCUCCAGCAUGUUGCCUUCUCAUACAGCAAUCUGGUCCAACCACCAACCCCAAAAGUACAACCAGAAGCAACCAAAUCAAAGUAAACAAAAGCCAAUCUUUUUUCAGUUUCAAGAACAAACACUCUCAGCGCGCUCUGGAAGCCCACAUGCCCCGUAUCAAUAUAGCCAGCUUAAACCCCGUAUUUUCACACUCGAAAGAAGCUCGCAUGCUUUAUAUUUUUACCCUUUAUCUCUCCUUCUCCUCUCGUCUGGUUGUUCUCUGUUUGGUUUUUUGAUUUUCUUUUCCCUUAUCGGCUGGUGUUAAUGGCGGAGAAAGAUAAAGAGAGAGAAGCAGCAGCAGAGUUUUUCUCGGAUGAUGAAGAUGCUGGUGAGAGUCUUAGUGGAGACUUAGAAGGGAACAAGGUAAUUGAUAUUGGUGGUAGGAACAGCAGUACCAGCAGCGACGGAGAAGCGGCUGAUAAUGGUGAUGAGUGUGGAACUUUCAACUCUCAGCAAUGGCCGCAGAGUUUCAGGGAAACUGUGGAUUCUUUCUCAAUCUCAGUGUAUCCAAGCUUGGGAUCUCUUGGACGUGGACAAAGCUACCUUCAUUCAAGUUUUGAGAACUGUAGUAAGAGUUAUUUAGAACAGGAUGGGAAGUCUCCUUUACUGUCUGAUCAAGAAAAUGGUCGUCAGAAGGAAGAGUCGGUUAGGAUUUCAGCAGCACAUUUGUCAUUCUCUAGAGGUUCCUUUGCCAGUGGCGAAUUUCCCAUUGCUCAUGGAUGUAGUGUAACACAAACUGUCUUCAAUUUGGUUAAUGUAAUGGUCGGAGCUGCUCUUCUUUGUACACCUUCUACUGUGAAAGAAGCAGGCUGGGCGGGUUUGGUAGUACUAGCUUGUUUCGCAUUUGUUUGUUGCUACACAGCUAACCUUAUGAGACAUUGCUUUGAAAGCAAAGAAGGUGUCCUGACCUACCCAGAUAUGGGUGAAGCUGCUUUCGGGAAAUAUGGACGUCUUGCUAUAUCAAUUAUCCUCUAUACGGAGUUAUAUUCAUAUUGUGUGGAAUUUAUUACUUUGGAGGGUGAUAAUCUUACCAGGCUAUUUCCUGGAACGGCCUUGCAUUGGGCUGGCUUUCAUCUUGACUCCAUGCACUUCUUUGGAAUCUUAACCGCUCUUGUUGUUCUGCCGACUUUUUUGCUAAGGGAUCUUCGUGUCAUAUCAUACCUUUCAGCUUGUGGUAUUGUAGCGACAAUUGUGAUUGUUCUCUCAGUGCUUUUGCUUGGCACAGCAGGGGGUGUUGGUUUUCAUCAAACCAGUCCCAUGGUGAAGUGGAGAGGCCUUCCAUUUGCUACUGGUGUGGCCGGGUUCUGUUAUUCUGGGCACUCAGUUUUUCCAAAUAUCUAUCAGUCAAUGGCUGACAAAAGAAAAUUUACGAAGGCAAUAAUAAUAUGCUAUAUCUUGUGCUUAAUGCUUUAUGGGGGUGUUGCGGUCAUGGGAUUUCUCAUGUUCGGUGAAAAUACACUAUCUCAAUUUACAUUGAAUAUGCCACCACAUGCCUUCUCUUCAAAAGUUGCCUUGUGGACUACAGUUAUCAACCCACUUACCAAGUUUGCUCUAUUGAUGAACCCAUUGGCCAGGAGCAUAGAGGAGCUACUGCCAGUUAGAGUAUCAACUAAUUUUUUGUGCUUCAUUUCUCUAAGAACAGGAUUGGUCUUCUCAACUGUUUGUGUGGCUUUUCUUCUUCCCUUUUUUGGUCUUGUGAUGGCUUUAAUUGGUUCUGUCCUCUGUCUGCUUGUGGCUGUAAUAAUACCACCAUUGUGUUUUCUAAAGAUCAAGGGGAGGAAAGCUACAAGGACACAGAUUAUAUUGAGCUACACAAUAGCUGCUUUGGGCAUCAGUUGUGCAACCCUUGGAGCAUACUCUUCAGUGUUGGAUAUUGUGAACCAAUACUGAAUUAUCAGAUGGCCUAAAAUGAAUAGUAUUUUUAUAAAUGAAAGUUAUACAACAAUACUUACAUAAAAAAAAGGAAGGAAUUUGAUUCUUGGGUAUUUUUGUUUAUUAUUAUUAUUAUUUGUAUCCUUUUACUUUUAAACUGAAAAAAUCGGUCGAAUCGAUUUAAUUUAUUUGUUCGAUUUA